CGAGGUAGGAGUGUAGGACAGUAAACUUAAAAAAAUUCAAUUCACUUUCUUUGGUGCAAAUUGCUAUGGCUGGACAGGAGCAUGUUGUUUCCAUGGAGGCACUUUUCAGUAGAGAAGCCAGUAAAACAAGCAGCAGCGUCACCGAGGACUCUGAGACAAACAGCAUUUCAAGCGAAACCACUACCCUGGAGGCAAAGAUUAAAACAGUAAUGGAGGCAAGAAAAAAUGUGACACUAUCCCCAGCACCAAAGAUACAAAAGGUUAUAUUCUUGCUGCGAGAUAACAAGGAUUUCAAUAUUCACUAUGAGCCAAGAGCAGUAUCACUUGGUCCUAUCCAUCAUGGUAAUGAGAAGUACAAGCUAGGAGAGAAGUACAAGCUUGUGCUGGCAUAUGAAUUCGUUGAAGGUAGCGAAGAGAAGAUAAACGAUUUGUUCAAGAAAAUUAAAGAGAAGAUCAAGGAGCUGAAGGAGUGCUUCGAGGAGGAAGUGAUCAAAAGCUACGAUGAUGAGGACCUCAUUUGGUUGUUGUUGGUGGACGACAGGUUCGAUGAUUUGAAUAUAAAACCAGACAGUAUAGCCUUUACACAACAGGAUUUGUUUUUGCUUGAGAACCAGCUUCCCUAUCGUCUGCUCAAAUGGUUGAUGGGUUGGAGUAAGAAUGAAGCCGAUUUGAAGAAAUCAGUUAUCGUUUAUAUUAAUAGGCACGUGACGGUACCACUACCAGAGGAUCAAUUACCAGUUUUCAGCUGCAAAUGGCUAAGUUCGUUAUCUUGGACUUGGUCGCACUGCCACUGCCAGUCAUCAAAUAUCCUACGCUUGUUAUUAUGGUGUCCCUGCUGGCAACAAGCAGAAAUUGGGAAAGAAGAAAGCGAUUACUGUUCAACAGUAGUGAUUGGAAAUGGAAAUGGAGACCCAAUCCAUCUUCUCGAUCUUCUGAGGACUUGUCUCUUGGGUAAGCCUCAACGAAGAAACAACCGAAAGAAACCAAAUGAGAAUGUCCAAACUUGGCAGUCCUAUCGCAAUGUUCAGGAGCUUCGAGCAGCAGGUAUUCAUGUGGAACGUAGUAAAAAGAAAGAAAGUUGCUUGAGUGACAUAUCUUUAACUAAAUUCGGUUGUUUGGGAUACCUUUGGCUUCCUCCAAUAAGUGUGGAUGACUCAACGAAGCCGAAGUUCUUGAACUUGAUUGCCUAUGAGAUGUGUCUAGAUUUCAAAAAUGAUUUCGGGAUCACCUCUUACAUAUCUUUUCUUGAUUCACUGAUCGACGAAUCCGGCGAUGUUAAGAUGCUAAGGAAAGCAGGAAUACUCUACAACUGCCUUGGCAGUGAUGAUGAAGUGGCUCAAGUCUUCAAUGAGAUAGGUACCGACUUGGUGCCUAACAUCAAAAUAUACAGUGAUGUCAAAUCACAAAUUCAGGAUCUCUACAGGAAGCAGUGUAGGACCUGGAUUGCUCAAUUCUUUCACGACCAUUUUAGCAGCCCCUGGACUUUCUUAGCUUUUGUUGGCGCAUUUUUGGCACUUAUACUAGCAAUCAUUCAGACUAAUUAUGCUGUCAACUCUCCCCCAGGACCCUGCGAUAACUUCUGCAAGAAUUUCACACGAAACUAAAUAUGGACAAGGUAAAAAUUUAUUUGCUGUUUUCUUUCCAAGUGUGUCUAGCUAGCUGAGAAUUAAUUUCAUGGUUUUUAUGACUAUUGUUUCCAAAUAUAAAAGGCCUUACCGCCUUAGGAAUUCUACGGGUCAUGAUUUCGCAUGGGUCAUAUCCCAAGGCA